AGAUCUAUAUUUUUCAUUGAUUUUGUUUGUCAACUUGUCACUAGACACUUGAAUUAUCAAGUUUACUGUGUUGUGUGUUAACUGUUCUCGUAGUUUUGUCCACUUGUGAUUAACGAGACUAGGACAGAAUAAUGGUCGAACCACGUAAAAGGAACCUCGAAAAUGGAAAGAACACACAAGGACAGAAAAAAAACAGCAUGUCGAAAAGACAGGAACAAGCACCAAGAAUCGUUACAACUUGGGAGCUUUCGAAUAUGAUUUUCGAAAUUUUAAUUGUGCCAAUACUGACAAUCGGUUUUCAUUUAGUUUGCAACGAGAAGCAAUGCUCCUUCACUUCCUUACCAGAUUUGAGUCAAUAUAAGUCUUUGUCGGACCUUUUCCAACUAGAAUCCUUCUUAUAUUUUCUAGCAUAUGUCGUCGUUCUCGUUAUAUUCGGUUGCCUGCCUUUAGGUGGUGAAAAAAUUCGGGUGAAAGACUAUACCUACAAUUUGAACGGAUUCAAUUCAACUCUAUGCAUUAUACUCACGAUGUUAGUCUGCGAGAGUUCUGGAGUCCCUGUUUCGAAUUAUAUUUGUGAGCAUUUGUUAGACAUGGUAGUUAGUGUGUUAAUCUUUCAAGUUUCGCUGGCGGUUUUCCUGUAUAUUUUCAGUUUUAACGCACGAGAGGAUGAGUUGAAUCCUGCUGAGAUUGGGACACCCUUCAUCAGCGCUUUUUACAACGGUCGUCAGAUAAACCCCCGUUUGUUUAAUACAGUGGACAUCAAAUUCACCUUUGUGAAAAUAUACACUAGUACCAUGAUCAUAACGGAUAUUUCAAUGGUGCUGAAAACUUUGAAUUUAACCACCAACACCGGACUGAACUUGAAUAAUAUCAACUGGAAUUCUUUAUCGUCAAAUUCAACAAUAGUGGUUUUGGCUAUAGCUCAUUGUUCUUAUUUUCUGAGUCAUUUGUACUACGAGAGUCGGACUUUGAGCAAUUAUUUUGCCCAUAGUGAAGGAAUGGGAUACAACCUACUCAUGGCAAACUCGUUCAGGUGGAGUGGUCUGAUAGCGCAAACAAGAUACAUUAUAGAGCACAAGAUCCACUAUCCAAAUUGGCAACUGGCGUGCUUGCUCGCUGUAUAUUUAUUCGGACAAUAUGUCUACAACGUGACCAAUGGUCAGAAGGACCACUUGAGGAGAUACCCAGAUAGUCCUGAGUCGAAAAGGAUGAAGAGAAUUCCGACAUCUCAAGGCAAAGAUAUCUUGUGUGACGGGUGGUGGGGAGUUGUGAGACAACCUAACAUAACUGCCGAUAUCCUCGUCCACCUUACCUGGCUUCGAUUUGGUAUCACAGCCCCUCCUGUAUUAUCGAUCAUGAGUUUCUUCUACUAUUUCAUCGCUAGAGCCGUUGUUUCUCAAAGAGAUUGUAAGAUGAAGUACGGUCUUGCCUGGCAGAAAUAUUGCAGGAAGGUGAAGUACGUGCUGGUGCCAUUUGUUUAUUGACCAAGUUGGAAGAUGACUAUAUCUGUUGGGUAGUCGUCAAUUCAUUUUGGAAUUUCAAGAUGAAAUUUCCCGAAAUUCAGUAGUUGAAUCACUGUAUGAUCGAUUCAAUUUAUUCGCAAUAAAGUCGCGAAAAAAACAAA